AGGCAAGAUACAUCCAUUCUCCAUUGAAGAACCACAUCUUCCCCAAGAGAAGUCGCCUUUCCUCUGAUGGGUCGUGCGAAAGUGAAGUUAGAACUCAUCGCCAAGGAAAGAUCUCGCAACACCACGUUCCAGAAGAGAAAGAAGGGUCUAAAGAAGAAGACCUAUGAGUUCUCCACGCUCUGUGGCGUCGAUGCUUGCUUGAUCAUCUUAGGGCCCAAGCAAGGUGACCGCUUUGUGGAGCCAGAGACAUGGCCAGAGAACCGUGAGGAUGUCCUUAACAUCAUCGAACAGUUCAGAAACAGUAGCUCAGAGGGACCAGGGAAGCGUCACAUAGGUAUCCCUGAAUUCUUAGAAGACCAAACCAAGAAGGUUCGAACCAAGUUAGCUGAGUUAAGGCUACACAAAGAUAAGGGUAAGUACCCUACAUGGGAUGACCGUAUCAACAAUCUCUCUGAGGAUCAACUCAAGAACCUCAUUGCAUCCCUUGAUUCGAAGCUUGAACUCGUGAAGCUGAUGAUUGAUCUCAAUGAAGGAAAUCAUAGCGUCUUAAAUGAUGUUACUGGAUUGAUUGGAUACUCUGUCCCAGUCAUAAAUCAAAACCCACCUCCUUCUUACAUGGAUUUUUCUAAUACAACUACAAUGGAUGACAUUCAUAUGCAGAUGCAGAUGCAGAUGCUUCAUCACCACCAGCCACUCUCAAGUUACAAGCCACCAGAUCAUAAUCGCCACCAUUUGUCCAUUGAUUAUCAUGUUCCCUUGGAUCCAUCUCUUGGGAACUGCUAUGGUACAUCUAGUAGCAUUAUGCCUUAUCAUCCUGCGGCGAUGAUGACUUCGAUGUCUGGUCAGAUCUAUUAUAAUCCCAUGUUACCAAGUUGUGAUGAGAAAGCCAUGCACAAUAAUACUGGUGGAGGGUCCUUGCCUUGCUACUUCUCUCCAAAUAUGCAGCCAAUGAUGCAUCCCUAUUUUGCACCGCCACUGCAUCAGAUCAAUGAGUUUUCUGAUUUGCAGGAUUAUCACCAUGCUUUGGAUGAUCAACGGCCAUAGGUUCUCUAUUAUCACCAUGCUUUGGAUGAUCAAUUAGUUUGAUUUAUUUGUGAGAGAUAUUACUACUGUUUUAAAUUUUAUGCCUUGAACAGUUGAUUUGAGAAUUUUAGUUUCUUCGUUCAGUUUAAUUAAGAUAUUUUUAUUUCCGCUUUGUGGGUUUAA